UAAGUCAGUGGGAUCUUGUUUAUUACUCCUCUUGAUUUAGCUCUUUUAAUCGCUUGCAACGUUUUUACUGUUGUUUGAAUAUAUGAACUUUAAAUAGAAGUUUAAUCAAGGGAAUAUGUAGUUGUCUGUUCUUAUAGAUCCUCUUGCAAGAGGACAAAAUUGAUGGAGACCUAAUUUUUCUAUUUACUAUGUAGUUGACAUAGUUGUUUGCAUCUAUGUUUAAAAACAAUAAUUAUUUCUCAAGGCUGACAGUCUUUAGAAUCAAUAUAAAAAAUAUAGUUACCGUAGCCAUCAACUCCUUUCUUUUAAUCUUAUAGUUGCUGUCUUGUUUUUGAGAUUCAGAAGAAACACGCGUUAGUGCCGUCUUUACUUGAUUUCUUUUUUAAACAAUUCCUGAAAUCUUGAGAUGACAACAUAUGAAACAACAUAUUGUCGUAGAAUAUUAGAAGGUGGGCAACCUUAUUCUUGUCGAGUUGAUUUGCCUUUACCACAAUAAAUUUCUGAAAUUUGAAUAUAUACAAAUCAAGGAAUACCCGAUUAUUAUAGUAAUUAAGUUAUGUGCAUCAAUCCCAGUGAUCCUUUUCAGCUUUUAUAUGAACCUAUGAUGACAUCGUAAAAAGUUUCAUUCUGCACAGACAGCAUAUACGAUUGUAUACUACUCCUAUUAGCCAUCUGUUAAUCUUACCCUUCAAGAGAUGGCAACCUCUUUUGAUAUAAUUUUGAUAAUCUUUUCACUGUUUCUGAUCUUUGUGAUUUCCCCUGCUGCUUCUGAAUUUGUUAAUAAUACUGCUAUCACUGACUUCAGAUCAUCUGCAGACUCGCCGUCAUCCUGUGAGGCUUAUGUUACAUAUCGUGUUAGGUCACCUUAUACUGACCUUGGAAGUAUAUCUGAUCUGUUUGGAAAAAGCAGAGCAGAGAUAGCAACAGCCACUAAUCUAACAUCGGAGGAUGCUCCACUGAUUCCGAAUCAGCUAUUGCUGGUGCCAAUCACCUGUACUUCAAACGGGACACACUAUUUCUCCAAUGCUACAUAUAAGAUAAAGAAGGAUGACAACUUAUACUCAGUUCAAGUGAAGGUUUUCCAGAAUAUGACCGACUAUCAUGUGAUUGAAGACAUGAACCCAGUGUUGGAUCCUCUCAAUUUGACGAUAGGGGAGGAAGUCAUCUUUCCGGUGUUCUGCAAGUGCCCUGGAGAGUCGUACAAAGAAAAGGGAAUUCAGUUCCUCACUACUUAUGUAUGGCUGCCGGAAGACAACGCAGAGCUUGUGAGUGCUAUGUUCCAGACGACGGCUUCAGAUAUUGAGGUGGCGAACAACUACCGGAAUUUCACUGCUGCAGUUUGUCUUCCUGUGUUGAUUCCAGAGAAGACGCCGAUUCUUGUUCAGUUUUUUCCAUCUUCAGCCUCACGUGGUAAAUCCAAAUUUCAAUCGAUUCUAAUAGCUAGUUCGAGUGCUCUGGCUUUGAUUGUUUUGUCAGGGUUUCUGGCGUUCUUCUUUCUCUCAUGCAAGAAAAAGAAGUUGUUGGACCGAAAUGGUUCUUCUCUGGAUGCAUCUGAUCUUUUUGCAAUGUAUAAAGCCUCUAACGACAGGAAAUUAGAGGUGAAGACGAUACAGGACAAGCUGCUUCCAGGAGUAUCGGGCUACCUUGGCAAGCCGAUAGUAUAUGAUCUAAAUGUGAUUCUGAAGGAAACUAUGAACCUGAGUGAACGGUACAGAAUUGGAGGGUCGGUCUACAAGGCCACAAUCAAUGACCAGGUUCUUGCUGUGAAGACAACACGUGAUGCAACGGAAGAAGUCCAAAUACUACAGAGAGUGAAUCAUGCAAAUUUGGUGAAGUUGAUGGGAGUCUCCUCUGAUAAUGAUGGUAACUUCUUCAUAGCCUAUGAAUAUGUCGAGAACGGAUCGUUGGACAAUUGGCUCUCCCCGAAGGUUUCAGCUUCUUCUUCCGCAGUUAAAUCCCUCGUUUGGAGUCAACGGCUGGUUAUAGCACUGGAUGUUGCCAAUGGUCUUCACUACAUGCAUGAGCAUACUCAACCAAGCAUCGUUCACAAGGAUAUCAGGACGAGCAACAUACUCCUCGAUUCCAACUUUAGAGCAAAGAUAGCAAAUUUAUCUGCAGCAAGACCAGCUACUUCAUCUGUCAUGUUAAACAUUGAUGUGUUCUCUUUUGGAGUCGUGCUCCUGGAGUUGCUCUCAGGAAAGAAAGUCAUGGAGACGAAGGAUGAUGGUGAAGUUGUGAUGCUGUGGAAAGAAGUGAAUGGAAUAUUGGAUAUUGAAGAUCAAAGGAAAGAGAGGGUAAGGAGAUGGAUGGAUCCGAAUUUGGAAAGCUCCUACCCCAUUGAUGACGCUCUAAGCUUGACAAUGUUGGCUACAGCUUGUACGUCGGAGAAUUCCUUGGAGAGACCAACGAUGGGGGAGGUUGUCUUCAACCUCAGUGUACUCAGUCAAUCAUCUCCUCACAUGAGUGAAAAAUCUUGGGUAUCCAAGUUCGAAACUGAGGAAGUCUCCCCUGUUGUCACUCCAGUCAAAGCUCGUUGA